AUGUCUAGCGUCAGUGCGAACGGCCUCUCAGCUGCAAUCGUCAAUCAUCCCGGGCAGCAGCUGCCCAUGGAUGGCACGCCGCUCAUGCAUCCAGGGCGCAAGACCCCCCAUCUUCCUUGGCCCGACAUCGGCCAGCUCGCCAAAUGGUCCGUCUCGUCUUUCAAGUUUGGCUUCGGGCCUGAGUGCCUGCAAGACGACGACCCGGAUACCUUCUGGCACUCGGACGGCCCACAACCUCACUUCGUGACCAUCGAGUUCCCGCGCAAAGUUGCCAUUCAGAAGGUCAGCGUGUGCCUCAGCUUCCCGCUCGACGACUCCUACACUCCUGCCACGAUCGCCGUCCGCGCAGGCACGGGCCCGAGCGACCUGCAGGAUGUGCGCGUCGUCUCGCUCGAAAAGCCGGACGGCUGGAUCACCUUUGACAUCUCCGCCGAGCCCAAUGAUGACGGCGACGGCUUCAAACCGGUGCAGGCAUACGUCCUGCAGAUGAUCGUCCUCUCUAACCACAUGAACGGCAAGGACACGCAUGUUCGUGGGCUCCGUGUGCUCGGGCCUAUUGAAGAUAUGGUUGAUGAAGAACGAGGCGAUCCAUUCCCCUUCCUUACUCCUCCAUUCAAGAUGUACGAGUGUAUACGCUGA